UUUGUGACUGACGCUUUACGCUGCGUUCUUCACAAGUUAGACUUUACGCUGCGCGACCGUCCGUUCCAGCGGUUCCAGCUGAACUUCAUUUCUGGAGUUGAGAUAUUUAUUCACACACCUGCUGUACAGAUUCAUUGUAGCCUAUUUAUUUAUUUUUCUAAUUGACAAAGAUGGGCUGCGCUGGUUUCACCUGCUCCAAACACUCCCUGUGCGCGCUCAACAUCCUCUAUGUUAUGGUGAGUCUGUUGAUGAUUGGCAUUGCAGCAUGGGGGAAGUGGUUUGGCCUGGUUUCCAGUUUCCAAGUGGUAGGAGGCGUCAUUGGUGUGGGGGUCUUCCUCUUCUUUGUGGCCCUGGCCGGUCUCAUCGGAGCCAUGAAACAUCACCAGGUCCUGCUCUUCUUUUACAUGAUCAUCCUGUUCAUGGUGUUUAUUGUGCAGUUCUCUGUUUCCUGCGCCUGUCUGGCUAUCAACAGAGAGCAACGGGAUCACCUACUGGAAGUGGGCUGGAAUAACUCUCGGAGCACUCAGAGGGAUGUGCAGAAGAGUCUCAACUGCUGUGGCUUCAAACAGGUGGACCCCAGCAGCUCCUGUGAUGCUGCCUGUUUUCCAAACCACUCCUGUUCGCCCUGUGCAGAUAAGAUCCAGGAACUUGGGGAGGUUUUGCACUUUGUAGGAGGAAUCAGCUUCUUUUUCAGCUUCAGUGAGGUGAGCUACAACAGAUACCAUGCUGUAAUAGGUUGUAAGAUUAAGGCCCAAUUCCAGCUCACAGACUCAUGGACUUUGAGGCACUCUCUCACCUUCAUUUUGAGCCCUUUAUCCCCACUUUCAAAUAUGUAUUUUCUUUUUUGUUUAAUAAUGCCAUUUUGAUAAAAACAUGUAUUAAAUUGAUUAGGUAAGCUAAGUGGCAGUUGCCUCUCAUCUGCUUUGUAAGGCAAGAGCCUGAACCACGUACAUACCAGCCAGUCGGUCCCUGAAGUGUCUUGGCUGUGAGGAAAGUAAAAACAUCAAAUAAAAUGUUCUAAACCCACGACAGUUAGAACUAUGGUGUCAUUUUGGCGUUGUCAUGGUGAUGGGACAGCCUCAGUCACAAAGUGUUGUCCCAUUCCUGUUUACAGUUUCCAGGCCUUGCAGACUUUUGCACUCAAUGACUUACAGGUGAUGUAAGUCUGAGGGUUCUGGACUGACGACCUCAGGGAGGACAAUGAGAUUCAGCCUCACAUUAACAGUAUUAAUUAAUAGUAUUAGUACUAGUAGUAGUAGCUCUUAUUGCAGUAACAGUAGUAAGAUCAGCAAUAACAGCAGAUAGUUGCAGCAGGAGUUGUAGAGGUCACUGAUUACAUCACAACCAACUUCACCACAGAGGAGUAAAUAAGGGUCCCCAGCCCAAAGUGACACAGUCCUACACUGACCUGAACAUCUGAGACAUCGGGGUUGAAAAGAAAAGAGAAAAACUAACUAGAGCAGGAUGACAUGCACCAAAACAGACUGUCCACUGGAUGCGGGCCACUGAGCUAACAGUGGCAUUCACCUUCAGUCCAGGAUCGCUUCCCUGUUAGUAAUUCUAGUCAUAGCAGCAGUAGUACCAGUAGUAGAAGAAGUUUAGUCAAUAAGCCCCCUGUUCAGAGCCAAACCAGUCUCUCAGUACUUUGACUUCUCUACCCCAGUCACUGAGCUCCAGUCAUACUGGUUCCUACUGACUUGAACUGUUAAAAAUAACCACUAAGGUUCAGGAGUUUCCUUAAACACUUAGCUUACUGUAGUUUCUAUCAACCAAACAGAAGAAAUAGUGCUUUGUUUGGGGCCAGUACUAGAUUAAUCCAUAGGUGGUGCUUUAGGGAGCAUUCGGGGCUGCAGGAUGGUGGAUGUGGGACUGAGUCAAAAUAAACGACAAUGCAUUCGUGGUAAUGAAAGAACAUGUCACCCAGCACGGCAGUGUGGUUCACUGAUGUGUGUUUAAUAGUUUUUGAACAUCGGUGGAGCUCUGUGGCACAUGUGUUGCUAAAAGGGGAAUAUAACACACUGCCAGGCUCAUUCUUUCACACAGAUUUAACAGGGGUUACUGAUAUGUGUGCUGUAGUGUCUGACUGCUACUUAAUGACUGUGUCCUUGUGUCAGAUUCUGGGUGUUUGGCUCACGUAUCACUACAGGAAUCAGAAGGAUCCCAGAGCAAAUCCCAGUGCUUUCCUGUGAGACAGCACUAGCUUCAGCCCCUUGACUCUGUCACUUCCUCACCUCUGUGGACUCGCUUUGACUGAUCUGUGUGUUUCAGCCAAUUGCUGCUGAUACAGUGUGUUAUGAAAGCCAGUUGUGUGAAGGAAUAGUGCAGUGCCUUCAGCAUGGCAGCUCUACAAAAGAAGCGUCUCACACUAAACAUAAACUUUUAGUACGGUCAGCACAUGUGUGCAAAAGAGAGGGAAUACUGUCUACAGCAGUUUGUUGAGAAUCCCAGAAGUAUUUCUACACCCUGCCUGAUGCUGACCUUGAACACUGACUCUUUCUUUUUGUUGGUUUGUUCGAUAAAACAGCUGAUCCCACUGAACACACUCUGCGUACUGAUUUGACAGACUAUUUGACUAUGCAUGAAAGUAUAAAUACUGUGUGAGGACGAUAUAUGUUUUCUUGUGUGUGUGUGUGCGUCUCACUGGUUUGCCUAGCUGUGUGCUGUGUAUUUGGCCUUUUGCAUGACUCUUCUGCAAACAUAAACCACAGUAUGAGAACUGCAAUGAUGACUGUAAACCACCUGUCUCAGCCUUUGUACUGUAAACCACAA